CCUCCUCGCCAAACUUCAGUAAAUUAGACCCGAAUAACCGUGUAAAAAUUCCUUAGGGUUACUUUUCAAAAACAAGAGGGACUACUUCACUUUGCAGUUCAGCUGUUUGAAAAAUUUCCUCUUCAGAAUUGCUAGUGUCAAUAUGGACAAAGCGGAGCUUGAGAGCUUUCUAAAGGUUCUUCCUCCUGUAGACUUUUGCUGCGUCUACGGUUCAGCUCUUCAUCCAAACAAUCAUGAAAAGUCAACCAUGGUAGAUUACAUUCUUGGUGUAUCGGAUCCUGAGCAAUGGCAUUCUCAGAAUCUAAAAAUGAACAAAAGGCACUAUGCUUCAUGGCUGGCGCACCUUGGCGGGGCGAGAAUGAUUACUCAAAUUGCUGAUGAAAUCGGUGUUGGAGUACACUUCAACCCUUUUGUUAGUUGGAAUGACAAGAUGUUCAAAUAUGGGAUUGUUCGGAUGCAUGACUUGGUUCAAGACAUACUGAAUUGGGAGAGAUUCUACUUGAGUGGUCGUUUACAAAAACCGGUCCAUAUACUUGUGGAUAAUCUGGAUCUAGAAAAUGUAAACUCUUCUAAUUUGAGGGCUGCAAUCUCUGCUGCCCUCCUCCUUCUGCCACCAAAAUUCACUGAGGAAGAUUUGUAUGCCAAAAUAUGUAGCCUCUCAUAUAUGGGUGAUUUGCGUAUGCUUUUUGCAGAGGACAAAAAUAAGGUGAAGAAGAUUGUACAAGGGCAAUUUGAUUUAUUCCAGUCCAGGUAUAAGUCAUUUCUUGAAGAGUACGAGGCUAAAGAGUUGUUGAGACUCACGUCAUAUGGAAGUCGCCAAACAAAUAUUUCCCAGGAUUGUGGCUUAUCCGUAGCUCGGCAUCUUGUUAAUACCCUUCCUCCAAUGGUCAGAAGCCAAAUGGGCAUGAAGCUAGGAGAGAAGACAAAGCUGAGUGACUCUGGUCAAGUUAUACAUGAAGUUUUGAUUGGCUCGAGAGAUGAGGCUGCAAAAUGCAUGCAGAAGGUUCUGAGGCAAAAGGUCUUGGUUUCAAGUGCAAGGCAGGCUGUCUCUGGGCUACUAACCGCUGGUGGUGUAAAUGCUGUUAGAUAUCUUGCUAACAAAAUGUGCAAGGCUUGGAAAUCCUUGAGAUGAGACUUCACCUCUAUUUUUUGAAAGAAAAAGAAAAAAUUGUGUAACUCAGUUUUGAACCGGUACUAGUUCUGGCAGGCUAAACCUUUGAGUUACACUCUAAGCCUAUUCCUUUGUUGCUGCCCCUUUGCAAACUUUAUAAUGGAGUUAUGAUGUUGUGGUCACCGUCAGCAUGAGAUUUCACCCCAACAACUCCAAAUGGGCUUGCCUGGAUGUGCUGAUCAACUUGUUUGUCAAAAAAACAAUGUAUUUGUUAAAUAAAGAGUAAUGUUAUUCUUUACACUCUUUUACACCGGCUUAUAUGAUAUGUUUUAAGUGACUCA